GUCAUCUUAUCAUAUAUAUUUAUUCUGUAACGCGACGACGCCUUCAGACCAUCAUUUAAGUGUUGAUCUCAGUCAUCUUAUCAUAUAUAUUUAUUCUGUAACGCGACGAUGCCUUCAGACCGUCAUUUAAGUGUUGAUCUCAAGUCAUCAUAUUGUAUUUAUUCUGUUGUAAGACAUUGACCAUUAUUUUCAUCUGAUGUGUGGUAGUGAGCCAAUAUGACAUACGACGGUAUAUAUGGUAUGUCUCAAAUCUGCACAGUUGUCUGUAGCAGUUGUCAGAGUCAUUUAUAUGACAUCUCAUUAGAAAGGGUGUGAUAUAGACCGUUUCAAAAUAUGUAAACAUCACUGGUCCAGAAGCACUUCCUGUUUCAGGUUUUUAACACUAGAUAAACGUUGGGAUAAAAUAAACCAACAGAACAUAUAGAACUGAAUUAACUGAAGUUAAACAACCAUCUUAAAUAUAAUAAUGAUAUAUGUGAAAUAAACAAAAAUACUGUCACAAACUGUAACAGGAAGUGUUUCUGGACCAGUGUUGUUUACAUCUUUUGAAAUGGUCUAUACAUGAUUUAGAUUUUAAAUACCAUGGUUGUUCUGCCUUUUUAAAUAACAUAAAUUAAAAUUUAAUAGUGUCAUAGAAUGGUGUCAAGAGUAUAACUACUGUAUCAAUGAAACAUGAUCUAAAUUCUUGCUUCUGUGUAUAAAGGACAGCAAGUGGAAAUAAGAGUUGAGAGAAUGGAAGAUGUUGAAGUAUUAAAACGUUUGAAAAUGAAGAGGCCAACAUUCAAAGUUGGAAGUGUUGGGCCAUAUAACAUCCAAAUAAAUAGUUUGACCACUUUAGUGGAAGACGACAAAGUUUCUGAUGAGGUCAUGGAUUCCAUAUGUGAUGUUCUAAGCAGGAUUCGCCCAGGUGUUGUACAUAUAAAUUCUCAGGCACUAACCAAAAUAUUGGAUGGGUCCAAAAGGGCAAAAAGCCACUAUUUUAUCAAGAAUAACAUUUUUGAGGGGACAACAGAGGUGUUUGGCCCUUAUCUCGAGGGUGGUAAUCACUGGACAUUUUUUCAUUGCAAUGUUGACAAAAGAUGUAUCACUUACUUUAACUCCUUUGGAGAGAUGGAGUGGCAGUGCCAAGCAAUUGCCCAACACUGGUGUGAUUUUGCCACUGCAAGGGGAGUUCAAGGAGAGUGGGUCCUCAAAACUACAAAACACAGUUUGCAAACAGACUCUGUCUCAUGUGGUGUCCACACACUUGCAUUUGCCACAGAAUUUAUAAAGUCUGGUGGUUGCAUUACCUCCUUCCAGUGCCCUGCAAUACAACAGGAGAGAACGCGCCUUGCCUUGCUUUUGUACCGGUCUUUAGACCGAACCAAAACAUGUGGAAUUUGUUCCAAAAAUGUGUUGGGGAGAAAAAGAGCAACAUGCACCUGUGGGGCAGUGCUGCAUUUACAGUGUGCAGCCACACCUGUGUGCUACAUAUGCCAAGAUGACAGCAACUUGUUAUCCCAGAUCUCUUUGCCUACAGCAGCCACGUCAGCGCUCCUGGCUGACACUGACCUGGUAGAACAAUUCUCUAGAUCUGCAGAAUGCUCUGCACUACAACAGGGUCAACAAAAAGGAUGUUCCACCCAAUGUAUUGCAGCAGCCUAGAAAGGCAAAGACAAAGGUGACAAUAUUCAGCACCUUAACAGAGGGAGAGGCAGAAGACCUUGCCAAAGGCUUUGGCAUGGCAUUGGCUAAACAUGUGCCCAAAGAGAAGCUACUUACUGGGAUACCUGAAGACGACAUUCCAGCAACGCUGCGAAGCAUUGAAAGAAUGAAGAUUAACAUGCAAAACCUAGGACCUGAAUCUGAGUUGGAUUUGGCCACUCACCGCUUUGGGCCCACAGCAGCUGAUGUUUUCUUUUCUUUUUUAGAGGACUCUUUAAAA